AUGAAAGUCAUGAAAGAGAAAAGUGAGUGUGUGUCCCUGUCUCCGACAGGGGACUGUGUACCUUCCCCCCCAGAGUGUGAGAGGGUGUGCGUGUUUGGGACGGGUGACCUGGGGCGCUCUCUGGGCUUGCGUCUGCUGCAGGCAGGGCACGGGGUGCUGUUCGGCAGCCGGCGGCCCAAAAGCUGCCGUCUCCUGCCCCACGGAGCUCAGGUCCUGUGCCAUGCUGCAGCUGCCCAGUCAACCCGUCUGAUCUUCAUCGCUGUCCAGAGAGAACACUAUGACUUCCUGGUACCACUGGCCAAUCAGCUAAAGGGGAAGGUUUGUAUGGACCUCAGUAACAACUUGAGGACGAAUCAGUACCCAGAGGCCAACGCAGAAUACCUGCAAAGUCUGGUCCCUGGAGCUGAGGUGGUUAAAGGCUUCAACACCCUGUCUGCCUGGGCUUUGCAGAAUGGACCACUGGCCGGGAAACAGAUGAAAGCCAAUAAGACCACUCCAUUUGACUUUGACAACACAGAGGCCUGGGGCACAGACUCCUUCUAUGUCCUGGGGAUCCUGGGCUUCUGUCUCUACGUCCUGCUGGGGAUCACGUCCCUGCCCUCUGUAGGAGCAGCUCUCAGCUGGAGGGAGUUCAGCUUCGUACAGUCCAAGCUGGGUCACCUGACUCUGCUGUUGUGUACGGCUCACACCUACCUGUAUGGCUGGAACAAGUUCCUGCGUUCCUCCACCUACAAGUGGUACACCCCACCAGGCUACAUGCUGUGUCUGGUGCUUCCCUCUGUGGUGCUGCUGCUCAAGCUGCUGCUCAUCACCCCUUGUGUGGACCGAACCAUCACCCGCAUACGCCAGGGCUGGGAGAGGGGCGUGGCAGGGGGGCAGGAGACGAAAAUCAGCCCACUGAAAAUAAUUACUGUGAUAAAUGGUUGUUUUUACAUACCUUAG